AUGGCUGUAGCCAGAUUUUCCAUGGAGGUGUCUAGACGAUCACGGUGUCAAGGUCUACAAAUCCAACCAUCAAUUUCUGUUUUAGAGCAAUUCUUUUUUCUGGCUCUUGGUGAAUAUAGAGUUCUAAGAACUCUGUCCGUUUCAAUUUUGGUACCUCGUAGGUCCAUUUGCGAAUUUUUUGCGUUUCAAGCGACUGGCGAGACGUUUCUGUGGGUUGAGGCUGUUUCUUGUAAGGAGGUGUCUAGACGAUCACGGUGUCAAGGUCUACAAAUCCAACCAUCAAUUUCUGUUUUAGAGCAAUUCUCUUUUCUGGCUCUUGGUGAAUAUAGAGUUCUAAGAACUCUGUCCGUUUCAAUUUUGGUACCUCGUAGGUCCAUUUGCGAAUUUUUUGCGUUUCAAGCGACUGGCGAGACGUUUCUGUGGGUUGAGGCUGUUUCUUGUUUUGUUGAAACGAAACAGAUCCUGGCAAUGGAUAUUAGCAGGGAAUAUUAUGAACUGGGGUUGCCUGUGAUUGAAAAGGCAGGAGUGGCUCACAAGAUUGACUUCAGAGAAGGUCCAGCACUUCCUCUUCUUGAUCAACUCAUCAAAGACGAAAAUAACAAGGGAAGCUUCGAUUUCAUCUUCGUCGAUGCUGAUAAGGAUAACUACUUGAACUAUCACAAUAGGGUGAUUGAGCUUGUCAAGAUUGGGGGAAUGAUCGCCUACGAUAACACCCUGUGGAACGGCUCUGUGGCCGCCCCAUCCGAUGCUCCUCUCUUGGAUUAUAUUAAGUAUUAUCGCGAUUUUGUGAUAGAGCUGAAUCAAGCACUUGCACUUGAUUCAAGGGUCGAGAUUUGCCAGCUUCCCGUUGGUGACGGCAUUACACUGUGCCGCCGCAUCAUCUGAUCACUCUGCUCCUUUUACCCGCAACAUACGGAAAAACACGAGUUUCAACUAUGUUACCUAAUCCAUGAAUAAAAUAAUGUGUGCUGCUUGGAUGAAUUUGAAUUUUUGUCUUGUAAGCGAAUACAUUCAUAACGUGUCUCUUCCUCAACACAAUACACAUGUAUUCAUUCCAAAUCAUAUUUACAAUAUAUUUAUA